AUGGCGGGGUAUCUCUUUGACAAGAAGCCUGUCCGGUCAUUACUGAGCUUGCCACUAAUCCCCAUUAAUUUGUCUUGCACCAACGUCACUCUCAACAAUAUCCUCAACAUCGGCACCUGCCUGGGCGGCAACCUGAACUACUGCAGUAAUGGAACAUCAACAAGUGGCUUGGUGACAGGACUCACCAAAGUGCUCAACUGCGCCCUACAAGGUAUCUACACUUACGGAUCACCACAAGGCACUGUCAGCGCCCUCGGACCUCUCCUUUCCCUCAUUGCCAGCCGCCUUUCGAUCCCCGGUGUGAAUCUUCCCGCCACAAGCAACACCACUAACUUCUUCACCAUGAAUGACACUUGUCAAGGUCCAAUUACCAUCCAGCUGCCAGGUCUUCAAAACGCCACCAGUUGCCUUGGAACUGACGCAAAUGUGUGUACAGCCGGGUCUACAACCACAACCAGCCAAGUUACGCAGCUGGUGCAAACCUUGACUUGUCUCCUGCGCCAGAUCCCUGUGGACCAGUUCCGGCAGGUCAUCAUGGGCAGCGGCUGUCAGCUGCUGACGAUUCUGAGCUCGCUCGCGGGCAACGCUUCAUUGGGCGUCGGCCUGCAGACAGCCCUGACGUCACUCAGCGCUGGUCUCCGCCUCAUCAUGCCAACCUGUGAGUACACUCUCUGGUUCAGCGGCGAACGGGCGCUGCCACGUUUGAACACGUGA